AUGGUAAAUAACUCGUCUAACUGCAUUAUGUGGGAUGAAGCUUUCUACGACGAUCCGCUCAUCACGAAAGUCAAAAGCAACACCAAUGAAGUCAACUUCUUGAAGAGACCGAUGACGUUGGACUUGAACUCUUGCAAUAGCGAGAACUCAACAAAGAAACAACCAACCAUUUUGACGUCACCCGACCUAAGCAUGAUCGAGUUCAACUCUCCCCAAUUAGAAUUGUUCGACUUAUCCCAACAAACCACUCUUCACCAAAUUAUCAGCACACCCACACCGUCUCUAAUUCCAAAUUCUGUGACCGUGGAACAAGAAAUGUCUGUUCAACCGUUUGUCGAAGCACUCCAAUGCAUACACCACAAUGACAAUUCUAACGGUGACAUACAAGUAGAAAUACCAAUGACCAGCAGUGAUAUUAAUUCUUCAGAAUACCAAUCAAAACCGCAAUACUAUGUGUUAGUGACUUCAAAUGACUUUUCCAAUAUUAUUUCUCUUAAUGUUACCAUGAAUGAACCUCAGACUAUACCCAGUGUCACGUCUUCGUCACCACCCACGUCACCAACCGACAUUGAAUCUCAAAAAAAAAUCAAACUCGAAGAGAAAAGAAAAAGGAAUCGUGUUGCUGCGUCCAAAUGCCGCCAAAAAAAAUUAGAGCUUAAAACCAGGCUAGUGGAUAAUAUUAAAGUACUAAAAAAUAAAAAUAUUGAACUUACCACAGAAUUGAGCAGUCUCUUGGAGCAGAUAUGUCAAUUAAAACAAACGGUUGUUGAACACAUGAAAAAUGGAUGUGAAUUUCCAACAGCUGUGGACCUUAAUAAUGAACACAGUUGAAUUUAUCGAACAUACUGAAUUUGGGUGCUACUCCCUGUCUGUUGUGAGUUUUUGCAACGUUUAAAACGUAAUAAUUUAACUGAUAUUUUAAGCUUUU